AUGAAGACCCUGGCAACACUCGCCCUCGUGCUGUCGUGCGUUAGCACUGCGGCUUCGUGGACGACAACUAACUACUGGCAGACGCGCACCGUCACGACGGACCCCAAGACGCCGACUGUGACCUCUGUCGCCGUGUUCCCGACGGGCGCCGUGUCUCCGACAGAGAGCAAGACGUCCACCAGCCUGUUCACGAGCGUGGGCUACACGCUCAAGCUGACCGUGUUCGACCUGUUCCUGGCGCCGAGCGCAGCCGUGUGCACGCUGAGCCGGCUCAACUGCGGGCCGCCCGUGGUGACGCACACGACGGGCAUCAUCACGACAACAUACUGGGCGGCAGUCCCCAUCUCUAACCCAUCGUCGUGCACCGAGACGAGCUUCAGCUACACGGCAGCAUCGACCAUCCUGUUGCCGUCCGUGUGGAUCCGCGACGCGGCGACGCAGGCGACCCAGUCCGAGAACGCACAGCUCGUGACGACGACGGUCAAGACGAUCAGCACCAACAUGGGCGGCCAGGAGGUGACAACGACCGUGUGCGACGUGUACCUGCGCAGCGAGGGUGUGUUCGGCGUCACCUACGUCGCCGAGAGCACGCUGCUGACCGAGUGCGUCAACCCGCGCGUCUACUCGUGCUCCUCGUUGUCGUCGGCUCUGGCCGCCGGCGCCGGCAUCGUCGGGGCCAAGACCACCUGCGUGGACCCCAACCUCGGCUACCCACCGACGGGCAUCGCCGCCGCCGCAGGCCCCGGUCCCACUACCGACAGCAGCGACCCCACCAAGGCGGCCGGAGCACCGAGCCCCACAAAGAGUUCAGGGGCAGAAGCGUUGGGCGUCUCGGCCAUCGCCGUCGGAGGCGCGCUUGCAGCCGUAUUCGGGUGGUUGGCCUAA